ACAACAAAAAACAUGCAGAAACGUGUCGGACACUCCCAUCCGCCAGGGGGCGGUAGUUCACCAACAGCACUUUGCUGGCCACCACGAACUACCAAGCGAAGGGAGACAAAAGUAGUGUUCCUAUCAACAACUUUUGCCUUUGUUAAUGUAUUUUGUUGACAUUUACACCUUUUUUUUUUUAGCCUGACCGGUUUAAUCGUCCGCUUCCGUGAUGACACAAUAGUCUUUGUGAGAGAUAUUCGUCCUUUAGCUCAAACUUGACGCACUUCCACACGUUUUUGUGACACUGCCCUUUCUUCAACUUUUGAGUCGUAAUUAAGGACUUCGAAAAAAGACUUCAUCCGCCAUCUUGACGCAACGAGAUGUAUUACUACCGCUAUGACAAUGCGGAAGUCAGCUGCUGCUACAAAUACCUUAUGUUCAGCUACAAUAUCAUCUUUUGGCUAGCAGGAGUGAUCUUCAUUGCCGUGGGCUUUUGGGCGUGGAGCGAAAAGGGAAUCCUUCUGGAUCUGACUCAGGUGACCAGGCUGCACGGCUUUGACCCGGUCUGGCUGGUCCUGGUGGUGGGCGCGGUCACCUUCAUCCUGGGCUUUGCGGGCUGCGUGGGCGCUCUGAGGGAGAACAUCUGCUUGCUCAAGUUUUUUUCCGGCGUGAUCGGCUUCAUCUUCGUCUUGGAGCUGGUGGCCGCCGUGCUGGCGGUGCUUUUUCAGAGUCAGCUGCGAGAGUGGCUCAACGACUUCUUCCUGGCAAACGUCAAAGCGUACCGAGACGACAUCGACCUGCAGAACCUCAUCGACUCACUGCAGAGGAUGAACCACUGCUGUGGCGCUCAGGAACCCAACGACUGGAACCUCAACGUCUAUUUCAGCUGCAACAAAUCUAAUCCCAGCACAGAGAGCUGCGGCGUUCCCUUCUCCUGCUGCAUCGCCGACCCUGCAGAGUCUGUGGUGAACACUCAGUGCGGCUACGGCGUGCGAAGAAAUGAGAGCACUUGGGCGGAGCACAUCUACGUGAAGGGCUGCAUGGCGGCGCUGGAGGACUGGUUACCCAGGAACCUGUACACGGUGGCCUCGGUCUUCGUCGUCAUCUCUCUGCUGCAGAUGGUGGGCAUCUACUUGGCCAAGACGCUCAUCUCUGACAUCCAGAAGGUGCGGAUCUCGUACUGAGCCCGGCGGGGAGCCGAGGGCGUCAGCCGUUUCUUCUUCCUGGGACUCACUCUGGAAUGGUCUCUCAGCUUGGCGUGGAUGCGGUUGCUACGGCGACGGACUACCGCAACGAGGUUGCCUUAGCGCCGUAGCGCUUCUCCUCUGCAGACUUAAAAAACCUUGGUAUUUUUUGACUUUUUUUUUUUCUUCAAAAAAUGGUUACGUCACAGACUGAAGUCAUGUGACCAAGUGAUGUAUCUUAGUUCUAAAGACAGGCUGGAAGCGGCAGGGGUCAUGUGACCCAUUCUUUAGUUGUUUUUACACUGGAUUCCUUAACUUCCACUUCCUAGUUACUGAGCGUUGAAUAAAUGUGCAAGUAUUAAAAGUAUUACACAAAGUUUUUAUAUUCACAGGUUGCUUAUUAAACUUAUUUUCUAGGCA